AUGGCCAGCCUCCACAUUCUCAACAUCCGCCGCAACAGCAGCUCCUACGAAACUCUGCUUGACUCCGACCGUCAGAGCGUUCGCAGCCUUGAAAGCAGUGUCCGUGCCAGCUGCGUCUCCUCCGACUCGGAGCAGACCCUCCAUGCCGAUAGUGUCGGCAGAUCUCGUCCCGAUCUCAAACGAAUCGGGUUUGGAAGUCAGUACGUGCCCCUCGCUGGCGGCAAUCUUGCUGCUGGAAUCAGGAGCGGAAAUACAGACUCGCUCUGGAAGUCAUGGAUACCCCCUGUGUUAAAGGAAGCUCGGUUCGUCUUCGGAGACACCCUCGCCUCAGGCCCCUCCGCCAACGUCUACAAGGCCCUUGAUCGAGUAUCGGGCGAGACGGUGGCCAUCAAGCUUGUGCGCAAGGGGAAGCGAGACGCUCGCGUGCUCAGGGAGAUGUUCAUCCUGAACGAACUCCACGAGGUGCCAGGCGUUGUCGGCUUUGCCGGCGCCUUCCAAGAACCCGAGCCCAAGCUGUUUGCGGGCCCGGCCAAGUGGUCGGGACUUGUUCUGGAGUAUUCCGAGCGCCUGCCUUGGUCCUAUCUCAACGCCCAGAUCGAUUUGGCCGGCAUCCAGCGCUAUGUGCACCAGCUGCUCUCGUCGCUCAGCCAUGUGCAUUCCAUGGGCAUCAUGCACAGGGACAUCAAGCCCCAGGCCCUGCUCUACAACCCAACGACCCGGAUGCUGCUGAUUACCGACUGGGGCCAUGCCGACUUUGUCGUGCCGGGCAAGCGCUAUCCCACCCAGGGUGUUUCUUCGGCGCACAACAUGCCUCCCGAGUACUUUUUGGAUGUCGAGCACUAUACAAGCUCGGUCGAUCUCUGGGCCGUGGGCUGCGUCCUGGGCUCGUUGCUGUUCCGUACCUCGACGUUCUUCAAGGGCGAGACGCCAGAGGUCCAAGAGCAGUUCAACGUCAUUGUCCGCACCCUGGGCGGCGUCGAUCUUGUGGCCUACUGCAAGCGAGCCUCGAUCCCAGCCUUCAAGGCCGAGCGACUGCUCUACGACCCCAUCGAUACCUACCAUCGACAGGCCUGGCAGGAUCGAGUGACGCCUCUGAACCAGUCCCGCAUCACCCCCGAGGGACUCGAUCUCCUGAACCAGCUGCUCUGCUACGACCCCGACCUCCGACCGACAGCAGCCGAGGCCCUGCGACAUCCGUUCUUUGGCUCUCUCUCGACGGCGAACUAG